AGAGCAAGUGCCAAUUAGCCGUAUGAGACAAAAGGAUGAGGCUUUUGCUGCUCACCGUUCAUCCAAGAUAAAACCCUUUUUUUUCCCUGCAAAAACUGAAAACCAAGAUAUAACACCAGAAAGAAGAAAGAGAGGGGGGAGAGAGGCCUUUCAUUUUGGAGCAAAGAGAACCCAGAAACAACAGGGGAGAUAAUCUUGGAAACAAACCAGAGAGGGGGAAAAAAUGGCACUCAGGAUUUGGGCAUCUUCCACUGCCAAUGCUCUAGGCCUCUCUGUUGCUUCCAAAGCUCCAGCCUUGGCGCCUCUAUCCAGAUGCUUCUCCUCUGUUCUGGACGGCUUAAAGUAUGCAAAGUCGCACGAGUGGGUGAAGCAUGAAGGUUCUGUUGCUCUUGUUGGCAUCACAGAUCAUGCUCAGGUAUCUCUUCAAUGAAUCCUGGUUACUGAAUUAUGUUGUUAGUACGCGUACUGGUAUGGAUAUGGAUAGAGUGAGCAAAAAAGCAUUAGAGAUUUGGGUCUUUUGUUGGUCGAAUGCAUUAGUGCUUCUUAUCAUGUGGUACAAGAUUAUAAAUUAUUAUUAGUUUCUCCCAAUUAAUCGAAUUAUUAGGAUUCGCUGGUUUUGACAUGAUAUCUGAGGUUCAUGUGAGUGAGACAUUUACUGUUUGAAUCUCGAUAACCCCGUUAUUAAACACAUAAUGUAUGAUAAUUGUACAACCUUCAAACUAAUAUGAGUAGCUUUCGUUUGAGGGGUGUCUCCGUCAACCAUUUGUCAAUUAGGUUACCCUAAACCGGAAGCCGAUGUUAUUUCUUAUUAGAGGCAUUGUUAACCAGAAGAAAUGUCAACUGAUAACGAAAGUCAACCCAUGAGUUUGAAAUUUGUACAAGCGAUCACCAUACCUUGUGUUUUAAUCAACUGUUAAUAUUGGGGGUCGUGGUGAUUCAAACACACGACGACUUGACUAAAUCAGGCUCUAAUACCAUGUCAUAAACCAGUUAGUCCCAAUAACUCGAGUUGUUGAGAGAAUGUUAGGUUGAAUCUUAUACAUGAUGCAUUAUCCAACUUGCGCCGAGUUUAAUUGCUGCUUUAUACACUAAUAAUUAAUGAGCAAGAAAUGGUGAUGUAAACUACUGGUAGGAUCACUUGGGGGAAGUGGUGUUCGUGGAGUUGCCGGAGGUAGGCGCUGCCGUGAGCCAAGGCGGCAGCUUUGCUAACAUUGAGAGUGUGAAGGCAACCAGCGACGUGAACUCCCCCGUCUCCGGCGAGGUCGUGGAAGUCAACGACAAGCUCGGUGAAGCCCCAGGCCUGGUUAAUACGAGCCCAUAUGAAGACGGGUGGAUGAUAAAGGUGAAGCCCAGCAACCCAUCGGAGCUGGAAAGCUUGAUGGGCCCAAAGGACUACACAAAAUUCUGCGAGGAAGAAGAUGCUGCUCAUUGAUUUUUCAAGUGCUUUUAUGUAAAAACUGCAAAAAUUGUCUCCCCCCCUUUUGUUGGACUAACUUGGCAUUUGCAUUACAAUCUCGACGUGUGUUAUUUUGGAUUCACAAUCACAAGAUAAUAUAACGAAAU